GUAGAACGCAGUGCAUUGUGGGAUGUGAGCUGAUGCCGAAGUCAAGAUGGCUGCGGACCUCAGGCUGAGGAAAGAGCCUGCAGUAGGAAGGCCGUGAAUGAAGUUUUGAGUCGAAAAUCCUUCGUCGCCUUCUGAUUAUCCAUAAAGUAUCGCGCCGCUGAAGUCGCAAUUAACCCGCGGAGGACUUUGAGUAUUCGCAAACAGCAACGGAAUAUCAAACAACUGAGGAUAAAGUCUCGUAUGAAUUCCGACGAGAAGAAGGACUGUGAGUGUGCGCCACCACAGGCCGAGACUAGCCCCGCGAGAGGAGCCGACAGGUGGGGACGCCAGGAGGAAAGAGAAUACGAGGAGCCUGAAACAGAAAACCCAGAAGCAAGCCGAAUGAAGCGAGCAGCUGCCAAACAUCUAAUAGAGCGCUAUUACCACCAGUUAACAGAGGGCUGUGGGAAUGAGUCUUGCUCCAACUCGUGGUGUGCCUCAUCGGUCGGCUUCAACCGCAUGGACAACAAUGCAGCGGCAGUCAAGGCCCUCGAGCUCUACAAGGUCAACGCCAAGUUAUGUGACCCUCAUCCCUCGAAGAAAGGCACGGCCUCUGCCUACCUGGAAAGUACUCACAGCAACUCAGCCUGUAGUAACAGCAAGAUGAACAAUAAGGGUGUCCACUCUGUACGAGACAAUUUCAAAGAUGUAAAUUACCUGACAGAGGAGAAAGUGUAUGAAAUCUUGGACAUCUGCGGAGAGAAGGAGGAUUACUCUCCUCUGAUCAGGGUGAUUGGUCGUGUUUUCUCCAGUGCCGAUGGUCUGGUGCAGAGCUUCCGCAAAUCGAAACCUCAUACGAAGGAGGAGCUCAAGUCCCUCCAAGGUAAGGACGAAGAUAAGGAUGAGGAUGAGAAGGAGGCAGCUGCCUGCUCUGGUACAGCUAUGGAGGAGGACUCACCCACCUCCUCCUCAUCAUCGUCUAGACUGGGAGAGUGUUCCUCAGGAGAAAACGAUGUUCAAAAACUGGCCCCGGAUGAGGUGUCAGUGGACAUUGAAGCCGUGCGGCGGGUCUACAAGCGCCUCUUGUCCAAUGAAAAGAUAGAAGCCGCCUUCUUGAAUGCACUGGUCUACCUCUCACCUAAUGUAGAGUGUGACCUGACGUAUCAUAAUGUGUAUUCACGAGAUCCAAACUACCUGAACCUAUUUGUUAUAGUUAUGGAAAACUGUAACCUUCACAGUCCAGAGUACCUGGAGAUCGCUCUCCCACAGUUCUGCAAGGCUAUGAGCAAACUCCCACUGACGGCACAGGCCAAGCUGGCACGCCUGUGGUCGCACUACAGCGCCGAUCAGAUCCGGCGCAUGGUGGAGACCUUCCAGCAGCUGAUCACCUACAAGGUGAUCAGCAAUGAGUUCAAUAGCCGCAACCUUGUCAAUGACGAUGAUGCAGUAGUGGCGGCCACCAAGUGCUUGAAGAUCGUCUACUAUGCAAAUGUGCUGGGUGGCGACCUUGACACUGAACACAACGAGGAAGAAGAUGAGGAACCCAUUCCAGAGUCCAGCGAACUCACCCUCCAGGAGUUGCUGGGCGAGGAACGGCGGAACAAGAAGGGCCCUCGGGUGGACCCACUGGAAACAGAGUUGGGAAUCCGCACUAAUGAUUGCCGGCGACCACUCAUCGCCUUUGAAGAGUUUGUCAAUGAGCCUCUUAAUGAGGUCUUGGAGAUGGACAAGGACUACACUUUCUUCAAGGUUGAAACUGAAAACAAGUUCUCCUUCAUGACCUGCCCAUUCAUCUUGAAUGCCGUUACAAAGAACUUGGGGCUGUACUACGACAACCGCAUUCGCAUGUACAGUGAGCGCCGCAUCACUGUGCUCUACAGCUUGGUGCAGGGUCAGCAGCUCAACCCUUACCUGAGGCUCAAAGUGCGCAGAGACCACAUCAUUGAUGAUGCUCUGGUCAGGCUGGAAAUGAUAGCAAUGGAGAAUCCUGCAGACUUGAAGAAGCAACUGUAUGUGGAGUUUGAAGGAGAGCAAGGUGUUGAUGAAGGAGGUGUCUCCAAGGAGUUUUUUCAGCUGGUGGUGGAGGAGAUAUUCAACCCAGAUAUUGGCAUGUUCACAUACGACGAGCGCACCAAACUGUUUUGGUUCAACCCGUCAUCGUUUGAAAAUGAGGGCCAGUACACUCUAAUUGGCAUUGUUCUCGGUUUGGCCAUCUACAAUAACUGUAUCCUGGAUGUUCACUUUCCCAUGGUGGUCUACAGGAAGUUAAUGGGCAAGAAAGGAACUUUCAGGGACUUGGCUGAUGCCAAUCCGAUUUUGUAUCAGAGUUUGAAGGAGCUGCUGGAGUACGAGGGCUGUGUGGAAGAGGACAUGAUGAUCACUUUCCAGAUUUCCCAGACCGACCUGUUUGGAAACCCUCUGAUGUACGAUUUAAGGGAAAACGGGGACAAAAUUCCAGUCACGAAUGAAAACAGAAAGGAGUUUGUUGCACAGUAUUCAGAGUACAUGCUGAACAAAAGUGUGGAGAAGCAGUUCAAAGCUUUCAGGAGAGGUUUCCACAUGGUCACCAACGAGUCACCGCUCAAAUACCUGUUCAGACCAGAGGAAAUUGAAUUGUUGAUUUGUGGAAGCCGGAACCUGGACUUCCUAGCACUUGAAGAAACAACAGAAUACGACGGUGGCUAUAACAGAGAGUCCCGAAUUAUCAAAGAGUUCUGGGAGACGUUGCACUCGUUUGGUGAGGAGCAGAAGCGCCUCUUUCUGCAGUUUACCACUGGCACUGACAGAGCACCUGUAGGUGGGCUGGGCAAACUGAAGAUGAUCAUCGCCAAGAACGGGCCUGAUACGGACAGGUUACCAACGUCUCACACUUGCUUUAAUGUGCUGCUGCUGCCCGAGUACAGCAGCAAGGAUAAGCUGAGGGAGAGACUGCUGAAAGCCAUCACCUAUGCCAAAGGGUUUGGCAUGCUCUGAGCCCUGCUUCAAAAAAAAAAAAAGACUCCUUCUCUGAAAGCCCAUCAAACCCCUGCCCCGACCUUCGUUUAUUAGACACAAAUCGGAAAGGUGACAAAAAGACAAACCAGAGUAUGUUUGGAGUCAAAGCAAAGUUAAUAAUAUAAGCGGACAGAUGGUCCUAAUAGAGCGCUCUAGUAGCUCUGCUACUGUGCCUGCAUCAUCCCAAAUCAGUCAGUGUAAGCACAGAGACCUGAAGUACCCACUCCUAAUUCCACAUUAUGUUAAUGUGCCGCAGCCUCCCUGUCUUUUUUUCUUUGUACAGAGAGGGUCAUUUUCCUUGUUAUUUAUUUUAAAGGUUAAAAUGAGUUAAUUGUCAUGUCUGCCUGUUGUGACAGCCUUCCUACUCUUAGGGAAAGGGGGAGGAUUCAUAUUAAACUGUGUAAAUUUGGGAUGAUGCAUUAACAAGUUAAUAUAAACCCAGUUUGUUGAGCAAAACGUGUUAAAGUAACCCUGAACUCUUGUCCACAGACUGUUGACUGAGAAUCUAGUUAGAGUAAUCUGUACUACAAAUUAUUGUAUUCUCCACUGAAGAGAGAGAGCUUUCUCCAACCAUUCCACUCACGACCAUUGCUUAUUGUUUUCACAAGUCCAUUUUGAUCAAGGUAAGCCUUUUGAAAAUUACCGUCAUCUGGUCCAAAAGUGGCACAUCAUCAACUAGCUGUACUUCCUUUUUGUUUUUUGGGCCUUUUUAUUUUUUAUUUUUAUUUUUCAGGGGGAAACACCGCAGGUUAGAUUAAAACCUUGUCAGAGCUGUGUAAGUGCACUUAGACAUUUUCAGAAUGUUUGUUUUUUGGCCGCAGGUUGCCAUGAUCGUUUGAAGCAUUUUAUUUCCUUGUCUUCCUGUGUUGACGAUUCUAAAUAAAAACAGUAUUUAUAUAUAUAUAUAUAUAUAUAUAUAUAUAUAUAUAUAUAUAUAUAUAUAUAUAUAUAUAUAUAUAUACAUGUAUAUAUAUCGGUGCAGUUGGAACUACAAUAAUGUCAUUGGAGGAUGCACGCAUCUGUCUCAGAAGAAGUAGACGAAAGUUCUCUGGUGCAAGCCUUAACAGUCAGCUGAUAGGUAAAAACACCAGUAACUCUGUCUUGGAUGAAUAGGUGGAUCACAUUGUUUAAAUAUAAGCCCAGUUUUUUCUGGAACCUCAACACCUCGAGUCAAGAGGACGACCAUGUGCUAAGACUUUCGCAUUGUGGCAUUCAAAGCCUUGGUACUUUUUGUCCUUUUCUGCAAUAUGAAGCUGCAGUCUAGGCUCAGACAAUCCCUGUGAUAAAUUCCCAUCCAUCCGUGCCCCUAACCCCCAUCCCAAGACUGUAGGGAGGUCCGAUCUCUCACUGAUAUACUGAUCUGUUUUCCAAAAACAACAUUGAAUCUUGUAAUGUAACAUACAAAGAAAGGCAAGCAGUGUCCAGUUUCUGUCAUAAGCUAGGACAAACACGCCUUGGACGUACAUGUGGUACAAAAUUCAUGUAUGACACGAAUGCUGUCGCCUGGCAUCUUGCAGGGUGGCUACUGUGUAAUUUGUGACAAACAAAAAGUCCAAAAAGGCCCUUUCUGUUCAAAUUUUAAUAUCAGCUGAAUCCACUGCAAUCAUAAGGAAUGUACCUAAUUUCUAGAUUACCUUUUUCAGUGCAGCAAAUUCUCACUUUGGCACAGUCGGUUGUAGAUUUCACAUAUUCUGUUCAACACCACCUAUUGGAACAUGAAAAUGCAAAACUGUAAAUGUCAGACAUUUCAUGAACUUCAUUUCAUGUCCUGUUACCGAAAAUCAAAGUAGACAUUACGGGCAUCAUGACGGAUUAUGCGGUUGCCGUCAAGUCACAUCUCAAAAGAUUUUCAUGCUGGACAUAAAUAUGUAGAAGCCAAAGGUUAAUUCAAAGUGUAUGGAAUAUACACCCAAUUACUUCCUAAAACAAGCUUGAUGAUCCUUUAACUCUUUUUUUUUUUUUUUUUUUUUUUUUUUUUAACUGGCUUAGAUGAUUUGAGUAGACCGUGGAUGAGCUCACGCACACUAGUGAUUUGAUGUUAAAUGCCGUAGCACAGAUGUCAACCUCAUCCCAUAUCUACUAAAUGAAGCUGACUCAAGAAUCAUCAUUUGGAUCUGUGGUACUUCAGUCAUGGAAACUGUCUUGUCUUUUUUCAAAGACGGUCUCUGGAAGCAAGUGUGAAUGGGCUACUUGACCACUGAACAGAAUAUUAGCAGUUUGCCUCAGAACAAGCUCCUCGCAGCAUCCACUGGGACUGGUCAGAGAACAUUCACAUCUGAUGCUAGGGACCAUCUCCCAGUAGUCUGCUGAGGCUCUUAAGAGCAGAUGUUUUAUGUUUUUGUAUGCACUUCAGAGGUGGUUGUUGGUAGGAGACUAAAUCUGUGGCUGCUGUUGUAGUGAUGCAUCUUGAAGAAGAGCAUCUGAGUAGAUGAAACGCUGCUUGGCGUCUAUGACUGUGAUGGUUUUGACAAGAUACACUAAACCAACGGUGCUUGCACUGCAGAAAUACAUGACAACCCUGAGCCACUGUUUGUUUUCCGUACUUUCUUUUUCUCACCUACAUGGUUUCAGUCAGACCUGGGCAAAAUCAUGUUGAAGAAUGCCUUUCACUUGUUUAGCCUUCAGUGGAGUCUUAAAAUGUGACCAUACUGGACUGUGCUGCCCGAUCCCUACAGUAUAUUUGGCAUUGUUAUACUGCAGUAAACCUCAAGUCAUGUGGAAGGUAAAAAUAAGGGGAAACAUCACCUCCAGCAGUUAUUGAGCCCAGGUCUGGUGCCAGCUGUUAAAUGUUAUCUGUACCUCUGUUUUGUAAUGCUGAAGACGUUGCUCAUCUGGACAAGUGAAAGAGUUCUAGAGCCUGGUGAGGGGUAAGGUGGAGGUUGACUUGGUCUUAGAAAGGGAAGCAAUUUUGAUCAGUUGUGCGAUGCAACCGUAAAAUUCUAGAUUAAAACUGAUGAAAGGCUGAAAGUAUUCAGUGUUGUGUAAAACAUGCUAAAUAAAGAUGAGAUUUUUCCAACUUG